AUGGCUGAUACACUCCUUGUUACUGGCGCGAACGGCUAUGUCGCUCUUCAUGUUAUCAAGGAAGCCAUUGCCCUGGGGUACAAAGUUGUAGGAACAGUCCGCUCUGUUGCUGCAGCGGAAAAAGUCAUGGCAAUUUUUCCCGAUUCAUCUUCGCAGCUACAAAUCGUCCAAUUGCAUGAUAUUACAAAGCCGAGCGACUUCGAAAAGGCCUUUGACAAGUUCAAAAUCGGAGCCGUCAUCAACACAGCGUCACCGCUGAUUAAUAACCCAAGAGACGUCAAGGCUGACGUCCUUGAUCCUGCAAUCAAAAGUGGCGUGGCAAUUCUUGAGGCCUCGGCCAGAUAUGCCGGGCCACAGCUGAGACGUGUCAUCCAUGUCGGAUCCUUUGCGUCAACUCUUGACCUGUCACUGGGCCUCGCUCCAGGAAAGACAUAUUCGCCCAGUGAUUGGAAUCAACUUACAUACGACGAGUCUGCAAAUGGUGGGCACCGUACUGCGUAUAUUGGAUCAAAGGCUUUGGCGGAAAAGCGCAUGUGGCAUUGGAUGAAAGAAAACACACCCGCUUUCGACCUGGUAUCGGUAGAUCCAGCGGCCAUCUUCGGACCACAUGUUGGGCUGAUUGAUCUUGACCAUUUGAAUAUUUCAACUCAAAUGAUAUGGGAGCUUGUCGUCCCAUCGCCGAAUCCACCGCCUUAUAAUUCUGGCCACCUUGGAGUGUGGGUUGACGUCCGUGACGUCUCUGCAGCUUUGCUUGCAGCUGUGAACGUUCCGGAAGCAGGCGGUGAACGUUUCUUGGUUGCACAAAGAUGCCACUGGCAACUUGUGAGGGAUGAAGCAAGAAGAGUGUUGCCGGAGUUACAGAAUCGGAUUGAUGCAGGCGAGCCAAGUGCUUGGUUGGCUGCACAAGCUACUACAUAUGAUGUUGAUGGGAGUAAAGUGAGCAAAAUCUUGGGAGUGCAAUACCGGUCGCUGGGAGACUGUUUGAAGGAUUCUUAUAAACAGCUUCUAGAGGCUGAAAAAAAAAAGAUGAUACAUUUAUCAAUCUUUUAUAAGAUGGAUUCAUAA